GACAGUGAAAACGUGUUGUGUUGCUUGCAGGGCCGUGGCAGCAACACGGUGGGAGUCACCUCCCUGGCUCUGUCUCCAUGGGACUCUGACACCUUCUUAGUGGGCUCUGAGGGCGGCCUGCUGCUCAGAUGCUCCUUCUCCUCCCAGACGCCGGCUGCAGUGCCCUCAGAGGGCUGGAGUGUGGCACUGAGAGCCCCAGCAGUCUUCUCUUUCAGGCCUCACAGCGGCCCCGUCCACUCCAUACACUGCUCCCCAUUCCACAGGAACCUGUUUGUGAGUGCUGGGACUGAUGGUCAGGUCCACCUUCACUCUUUGCUGCAGCCCAGCCCGCUGCUCUCUCUCAGGGUUUCAGACUCCUACGUGUUUCAAGUGCAGUGGUCCCCAACUAGACCACUGGUUUUUGCUGCAGCCACUGGACAAGGCGAGGUGCAGAUUUUCGACCUGGGCCGCAGGUCUCCAAAAGCAGCAGCCAUCAUUGGACAGGGAGGUGCAGGUCAAGCUGCAACUUGUUUUGCCUUCAACCGUCAGAAUCCUCACCUCUUAGCAGUGGGGAAAACAGACGGGACAAUCUGCAUUUGGCAGCUGAGCACUGAUUUGACGGACCAGAGCUCCAGAGAGAGCAGCCAGCUGGAGCAGAUUGCCAAUCAAGUGGCAGAAUGAGACGUUAUUUGUAACAGAUAAAACUGCAUCGGACUGAUGGCUCCCUGUCAGAAAAGUGCUGUAUUUAAAGUGUGGAAGUGAAAUAAAUACAGAGUACAGGUU